CCUCCAAACCACUUCUAUCUUUUCCCACCUUUUUACCACCUCAUAUCAAUCAAAAUGCCUUUCGGUUGGGGCGAGUCUCACGAUGCCUACGAGCAGGUCUACGAGAAGAACGAGUCCAGCCUGAGCCACGAGCUGGUUGCUGGCGGUGCUGCCUUCGCCGGCUUCAAGGCCUUCGAGGACCACCAGCGCAAGCAGGGCAAGCCCGUUGAGCACGCCUUCGCUAAGGAGCUCCUCGCUGGCUUCGCUGCCGCCGAGGUUGACAAGCUUGCCGAGACCAAGGGCGAGGACUUCGUCGACCGCGAGCGUGCCAAGCACGAGGCCAAGAAGAACGCCGAGCACCUCUACGAGUCUCACUACGGCGAGCACGACGAGUACAACCCCGAGAGGGAUGCCCCUGAGCACCUCAACAACAAGUUCGGCGGCUGGUAAAUACCCAAUGACGACUGGAAUGAAGGAAGCGACCUCCAUCAGUAGAUAGCUAGGAUGGCAAGGCUCGCUAUUAUGAGCAAAGUUCCACAAUUGAACAAAGUUAAAUGACCACAACCGUUCAGGUUCCUGCUUGUGAUGAUGUCGUAUGUUCUGUUCAGGUUGCACAAACAAAGCCAAGCUUGACCCCACAGAUUAGGGACAGGGUAUGCAAACCCGUACGUAGUACAUGGUAGACAACGGCGUUCGCAGCG